UUAAACAAACGACCUUUGGGCCUGACUUUGGGAACCGAGAAGCGACAAGCCAGUCGCGGCUUGCGAGGCGGCGGCCUGUGGCGGGUGGAAGAAUUCCCCUAUCUCAGGCCGCAGGAGACUCGGAUUUCGGCUAUUCUUGCCUGCAGCCCCUCCGUGAGGUGCAGCCAGUGUAGCUCAGGCUACGCCCCCCGCCUCCUCAUUGGCUUCUCCAGACACGUGGUCGGGUGGUCCCGCCCCCGGGUGGCCUGAGAGGCGGUACGCGAAGCCGCAUGGACAGCCUGGCGCCGGGCCGAUGGAGGCGGCGGAGGACGGAGGAGCUGCCAGCCGCAGUGGACGCGAAACGGGCGUGCAGGAGGUCAGAAGCAGGAGGACAUGAGUGCAGCGGCCAUAUGCUAACCACCUGUGCCUUGCUGUCCUGGAGCACAGAGGACCCAGAGCCCAAGCCACAAGGCCUGCCUGCACCACAACCAGAAUGUAGCCAGGAGAGGCUGAGCUCCAUGGUUCCGCAGAACGGUGGAAGGGGUUCAGCCCGGCCUUGCCUGAGAUGUGUCGCAGGGGAAUCUGGCCAUUUUAACCAUACCAGCAAUCAUUAGAAGAUACAAAUGGGAUGAAGGAAGAUUCCAGUUGAAUUUGAAUCCUCACACGAUGGCCAGUGCACAUCCCUUACGGCUUGCCAGGGUGUCCACCUGUUCAAAUGACAGCCAGGGCUCCCUGCAGAGCUUGUCUGCCUCUCAGUUAAUCCCAUGGUCCUCUGCAGAAGGCUUGGCACAUCCCGAGUGGGAUGACUCAUUGCAGCCUCUUUUCUAAUGUCUUCUGCUGGCCAGGAAAUUAUCUAGAAGUCAGAAAAUUCUGUGUCUAACUGCCUGGAGCCUUAUAGCUCAUGUCAUCAUUAGGCUCAGCUGGAGAUCUUCCCGCCUAUGGACUUUGGGUUGUUUCUGGACAUUGCUGGGCCGUUCACAUGCUCUUUUUAAUUAAAAGACUUAUUUUUAUAUUUUAAAUACUCUAUAAUUUUGGCAUGAAUUUUACUAAAUGCUGAUGUCCAAUCAAGGUAUGUAAUUCUCCAACUGAAGUUAUCAGGGACAGAACCCCAUUUAUAUUAAAAUGGAAAUUGUGGACA